GUGAAGGUCAAGGCCAGACCGAGAAUUCCAAUUCAGGUUGAAUUCUGUCAUAUUCUGCUACGGGCAUCACCGCAGAUGCAUUCAGAACAGUAUCGCCUGACGUGCGAUAGGAGCGGAGACAAGGUUCAGAAACCUACCAAUACGGCGUUGGGUAUUGUCGCCCAGAUUAUGAUAGCGGCUGGCGUUGCCCUCCUGUUUGUUGUGAAUCUUCAAAUGUCUCGUCGGUUUUACGGACAACUGCAUCCCCACCACGCGGUCCCAGUGCAACGUUUCAUCACCGGAUGUAUCAUAGCUGUCGUCCCUGUUCUUGCUGCUGUUAUCACAACUGUAGUUCAAUCCUAUACUACCAAAAACGCCCACGUCCUCUCUGUUGGGCGCACGAUCCGACUCGUCGUAUCCUGCAUCUUUACCAUACUUCCCUUUAUCCCUAUUGUCAUCGUCUCCCUCGUUCUCAUACUCAAGGCCACAUCUCCCGGCGGUUUAUCUGCUCCACAGAUCCUCUCUGAGGAUCUUGAAUUGGCUGCACAGAGUACGGCAGAGCAAAGUGCCCGUCCAUCGUCAGAGCGACCGGUGACAGGAGAUAAUGCUACAGCUGUUGGAAACGAUAGCGCCUCUGCUCUUG